GAGCUGGCGAGCCAGGAUGCAAGUAUAGCCGGCGCCACUUUGCUGAAGCGAGAGUUAGUUGGGGCCGUGUAGCUGGUGGGUGUGGUAACUCUCCUUGUCCUCCUCUGUAGCACACGAUGGCCGGUGACGAAGACAAAAAGAAGAAGAAGAAGGCCAAAAAGGGAGAGAAGGAAGAAAAGACGGAGGCUCCCCCUGAGCCUCAGUUGGAGCCAGAACCGGAACCAGAACCAGAACCAGAACCUGAACCUGAGCCUGUGCUUGAGCCUGUACUUGAGCCUGAACCUGCUGGAGGUGAACCAGACUCGGAAACGGUCGUCAGCUACUGGGAGGAAGAACCCGCCCCGGUCGAGGAGGCACCUGCCCCUGCCGAGGGUGAGGCUCCCGCUGAAGGGGAAGAAGCUCUUGAACCACCUCCAGCGCCUAAAAAGAAGCCCAAGUUCUUCGUACACUGGAACAGGCGCAAGCCCCGUUUCUACGACUACAACUGGGACUACGGGGACAACUAUUACAGCUCGCUCGUCAAGUAUAUGGAUACCAAAUCUGGUGAUUACCCUCGCCGUAUGGCCUUCGCAGAGCGUGGUAUCCGUAGCAAUGUGAUCCGCCGCACUGUGCCUGACACCCGCACCGCCUCACUCCUCGAUGAUGUCCGAAAAUCUAUCAGGAACUUUGAGCUCUCCCAGAAGACUUACAUGAAAUAAACUGCCAGUCCCAUUUUCUGCCAAGUAUACAAACUAUCCAGAUAAAUUAUCCUGUGUUGUAAGGGGACAAUAUAUAUGUGAGGGGUGAAACAUGCCUGCAUCAUCUUGGCACUCAUUUAGUCAUUUCCAGCACUUUCAAUGUCACCGACCAGCCAUGUUGCUCUAGGAACAUAAAUAGGACAAAAUGGGAAACCUUUCUUGAGUCACUCGUCUUUCACGUACAAGGCAAUGCCAUCACUGCUUCCCUGUCCAGAGCCCCUUCAUCAUCCAAUAUUUGACGAGAAAUGAGUGUCUUUUUUUCUUUUUUUUUUUGUAAUAAUAAUACCAUCAUCAUAAUUUGCAUCUAGUAUUUUUCAUUUAUUUUACUAUCAAUAUUAACUGACCUUUCUCGUAAAUAUCAGAUUCUGUUUUAGCAUAUCUCCAUCUAUGGAUGCUUUGUCUCUCUGUAUCCUCUAAUAUUAUGUACUCUUGCUGUGUGCAUUCUUGUGUAUGUAGUUACUUGUGUUGUAUGCAUUCUGUUGUGAGGGUGUGUGUUAGUGCCAGCUCGCCCCAACUCAGCUGACCACACUGCUGGCGGGCAGACAAGUACGUUCUAUGGCAUCCCAGCCGCCAUAGCGUAGUGUCCAUCCGUCAUGUGUGUUGGACGGCCAGUUCAGCUUAAAAAUGACAUCACAAGCUGUCCUAAGGAGGUGGCAGGGAGAUCCUGCGACUAGGGUGCAUUCACCUUGCAAAACCUGGGCCAAUGUGCAGUCCUCUGGUUGCAAGAGCUUGAGCAUCAGUGUUCCCUAAGGAUCCCCAUGUCACAGUUUUAAUAUUUUUCAUAUCACAAUCUCAUCAUCCUUAUGACUUGAUCACUGAUAAUACUUAUGUGCUUGAGAUAUCAUUAAUGAUAAUGAUAACUUUGAGAAAGAGGGAACCACUCUCUUUCUAUUCAUAAUACUAUUGAGUACUUUAUCUGUAAAGUGAAGGAGAACUUUGAUAAAAAAUAUGAACACCUAAAAUACA